GCCGGCGUUUGCCUCCGGGGCGAGCGGCUCCGGGGCGCGAGGUCGGCCCAGGCGUCCGCUCCCGCAGGGGUCGCGACCCGGGACGGCUAUCGCGGCCGGUGGUCCCGGGGCCUCCGCUGCGGCGUGAGGCCGCGGGUGAGGCCGGGCUCCCGGGAGUCCCCGCAGGCCUGGGGACGAGUCUUUUGGAGACUCAGCCCAUCCUCAGAGGAAAAGCCCAGAAAGAGGACAUGGCUACUGGACAGGGGGAAGGAAGCUCUCAGGUGUCCGUGACCUUCAAGGAUGUGGUUGUGCUCUUUACUCGGGAUGAAUGGAGAAAACUGGAUCCUUCUCAGAGAAACUUGUAUAAGAAUGUGAUGCUGGAGAACUAUAGGAACCUAAUCUGACUCCCAUUUUCCAAACCAAAAGUGAUCUCCUUGUUGCAGCGAGGAGAAGAGCCCUGGAAGGUAGAGAAAGAAAGUCCUGGAGGCUCCUCUCUAGGAUGGAAGAGCAGUCAUAAAACCACAAAGUCAACUCAAACACAAGACUCGUCAUUUCAGGGACUGGUAAUAACAAGAUCCAAAAGGAACAGACCCUGGGACUUUAAAUCAGAAAAUCCCUGUGUAUAUGAAAAUAGAUUAGAAAAACAGGAUAAAAAGGAAAAAAAUCUCACUAUAGAAAGAAGCCAUAGAAAUACUGAAUUUGACCAUAACUUAAGCCUAAAACCAGUCCCUGAUAGACGACAGAUUCUUCCUAGAGAAAAAACACUGCCAAAGUAUGAAAUACAAGGAAACAACUUCAAACAGAAUUCAAAUUUACUUAACCAACCAAAAAUCAACACAGCAGAGAAACGCUAUAAAUGUAGUAUGUGUGAGAAAACCUUCAUUAACAACUCAUCCCUUCGUAAACAUGAGAAAAACCAUAGUGGAGAGAAAUUAUUUAAAUGUAAAGAAUGUUUAAAAGCAUUCAACCAAAGUUCAGCUCUGAUUCAGCAUCAAAUAACUCAUACUGGAGAGAAACCCUAUGUAUGUAAAGAAUGUGGGAAGGCCUUCACUCUUAGUACUUCACUAUAUAAACAUUUAAGAACCCAUACUGUGGAAAAAUCCUAUAGAUGUAAAGAAUGUGGCAAAUCCUUCAGCCGAAGGUCAGGACUUUUUAUACAUCAAAAAAUUCAUGCUGGAGAAAAUCCCUAUAAAUAUAAUCCAGGUAGGAAGUCAUCUAGUUGCAACACAUCCCUUCCUGGAUGUCAGAGAAUUCAUUCCAGAAAGAAGUCCUAUUUGUGUAAUGAAUGUGGCAACACCUUUAAGUCUAGUUCAUCCCUUCGUUAUCAUCAGAGAAUUCACACUGGAGAGAAACCUUUUAAAUGUAGUGAAUGUGGGAGAGCCUUCAGUCAGAGUGCAUCUCUUAUUCAACAUGAAAGAAUUCACACUGGAGAAAAGCCCUAUAGAUGUAAUGAAUGUGGAAAAGGCUUCACUUCUAUUUCACGACUUAAUAGACACCGAAUAAUUCACACUGGUGAGAAGUUUUAUAGUUGUAAUGAAUGUGGUAAAGCCUUAAGUUCCCACUCAACACUUAUUAUUCAUGAGAGAAUUCAUACUGGAGAGAAGCCAUGUAAAUGUAAAGUGUGUGGAAAAGCCUUCAGACAAAGUUCAGCUCUCAUUCAACAUCAGAGAAUGCAUACUGGAGAAAGACCCUAUAAAUGCAGUGAGUGUGGGAAAACAUUCAGGUGUAACUCAUCCCUUAGUAAUCAUCAGAGAAUUCAUACUGGAGAGAAACCAUAUCGAUGUGAGGAAUGUGGCAUGUCUUUUGGUCAAAGUUCAGCUCUUAUUCAACAUCGCAGAAUUCAUACAGGAGAGAAACCCUUUAAAUGUAAUACAUGUGGGAAAACUUUUAGACAAAGUUCAUCACGUAUUGCACAUCAGAGAAUUCAUACUGGAGAGAAACCCUAUGAAUGUAAUACGUGUGGGAAACUUUUCAACCACAGGUCAUCUCUUACGAAUCAUUAUAAAAUUCAUAUUGAAGAGAACCCCUAGAAAGUAGAUUUCCAUGUGCAAAAGCCUUAAACCAAAGCUUAUCGGAGAAUGCAUACUUGUGAUGAUGUAAUAAAUGUAUUGGAUAUGAAAAAACUUAUCUAUAGGAAUUUAGUCCUCAUCAGAUAUUAAAUUCCAAGGCUAAACCUUGACUAUGUAAUAGAUAUGAGGAAAGCAUUCAUGUCUGUCAGACACUUAAAAUAACCUGAGAUGAAGAAUUCACAAGAGACAUUGACUUUGGGUGUUUGUAAAAUAAAGGUGUUUUUUUUUUUUUUUUUUCCUCUCCCUUUCUAUAGCAGUAUACACUAGAUGUCAUAUGUGGUUGCCAUAAACAUCGGUGGGUGGGAAGGUUUGGGUUGGAUAUCACUAGAAAAACAUCAAACCUUAUAGACUGGUAAUAUAUUUUUUAUAACAUUUUAGUAGCAUACAAAAGGGUUGUUUAAAGAAACUAUACAUUUUUAGAGAAAAGGACCAAAUAAAAGAUAAAAAAUGAACUGUUAACUACCUCUCAGUCUCUGGGGUUUGUCCUUUUCUUUACCUGAUGUCAAACUUUGUGCAUGUAUUUCAAUAAAAA